AUGGAGCAAGCUACCGCCAAGGCCCAACAGCUCAUCGACCAGGGCAACGUCGUGGUCUUUUCCAAGUCGUACUGUCCUUACUGCAAGGCGACGAAGAGGACUCUCGAGCAGCUCGGCGCAGACUUCACCGUCCACGAGCUUGACCAGUUGCCCGACGGUUCCGCCAUCCAAGAUGCGCUCGAGACCAUCACCAGCCAACGGACCGUCCCCAACACCUUCAUCAACAAGAAGCACAUUGGCGGCAACUCCGACCUCCAGGAUCUCGUGAGGCGGGGCGAGCUGGAAAAGCUCCUUCGCGAUGCCAACGCCGUGAAGCUCUGA